AUGGCAGGGAGAAGGCUGGGGCAUGGUGAUCCCGGUCUUACUGCUAGUCUCGCACCCAGCUCUCCAGAGCCUGUGCAGCCGAUCCCGGUCAUACUGCUAGCCGCGCACCCAGCUCUCCAGAGCGUGUGCAGCCGAACGCCCCGGCCGGGGUUCCCCGGCACCCGCGCGAGCCUGCCAGCUGCAGUCGGAGUGGAGACCCCUGAGCGAAGGCUGCCCCUCCGAGCAAGGUGCUGGCGCUGCAUUCCGAGGUGCCCGGCCUCUACAACUACCUGCCAUGGCAGUAACAAACUGGAGAGGGAGGGCUCUUCUACUCCGCCCAGGAUGGAUGAAAAUUACAAUCUCUUGCCGCACGGAGUCAAUUUCCAAGAUGCCAUCUUUCCAGACACACAGGAGAACAGAAGGAUGUUUUCCGGCCUUUUCCAGUUUGCUAACUGUUCCCAAGGGCAGCAGCUGACAACUUUCUCGAGUGACUGGGAGAUCCAGGAAGACAACAGGGCUUCACAGUUCAAGCAUGAAGACUGUGUGGCUAUGUUAUUAGAACACGGUGCUGAUCCAAAUGCUAUUGACGACAGUGGGAACACCGCACUGCACUAUGCUGUUUGGCAUAACAGCACCUCAAUGACAGCCAAACUGCUGGCACACAAUGCCGACUUCAGUAUAAAAAAUGAGGAAAGCUUUACACCACUUACACUGGCUCGAAUGAAAAAUGACAACCUGGCAAAACUUUUAGAAGACCAGAAAGAAAAGAUAAAGGAACUUGAUGAAUUAGAAAGGUCUUCAAAGAAAACUUCCAAUGAAAAAGAAGAGGUCAAAGAACAAGGAAAUCAUAUGCUUGACCUUAAGGAACUAAUAUCAUGUGAGGGAAACUCAAAGGACUGUGAGCAGUACAGUUGUGACACUAUUUUGCAUUUUAUUGAAGAGCUCAUGAGGCAGAGAAAAGGUAGGAGUUCUGCAUGCAGCCCCUGUGUGUGCUAUUGAUGAGGGUGAAUUGCC